ACCUUUCUUUCUUAUUCUGCUUCUUCAGUAAGUUUCUUUUUCGUUUCUCGAUCCUUCUUCUCGCUGAUGACGAUUGUUGAUAUGGAGAUUGAGAGCGCCGAUCAAGUUUCUCCUCUACCGUUUGCGAGAAGUUAUCAAGUGGAGGCGCUAGAGAAAGCAAUGAAGCGGAACACGAUUGUUUACUUGGAGACUGGCUCUGGCAAGACACUUAUCGCCAUCAUGCUUCUCCGUAGCUACGCUUACCUUUUCCGCAAGCCUUCCCCUUGCUUCAGCGUCUUCUUGGUUCCUCAAGUUGUUCUUGUCACUCAACAAGCUGAAGCGCUGAAGAGGCACACGGAUCUUAAGGUGGGCAUGUAUUGGGGAUCCAUUGGGGUUGACUCUUGGGAUGCUCCAACUUGGAAACAAGAAGUCGAUAAAUAUGAGGUUCUUGUGAUGACACCUGCUAUUUUGCUCAGUGCACUAAGACAUAGUUUUCUGACGUUGAACAUGAUCAAGGUUCUUAUCUUUGAUGAAUGUCAUCAUGCUCGGGGUAAUCACGCGUAUGCUUGUAUCUUGAAGGAGUUCUAUCACAAGGAGUUAAAGUCUGCAACUUCAUCCGUUCCUCGAAUAUUUGGGAUGACUGCAUCCCCUGUGAAAACAAAGGGUGAAAACUUGGAUAGCUACUGGAAAAAGAUUCAUGAACUCGAAUCUCUAAUGAAUUCAAAGGUCUAUACAUGUGAAAGUGAGUCUGUGCUGGCUCGGUUUGUACCCUUUUCUACUCCGAGUUUCAAGUUGUACCAGCACAUGGAAAUACCAAGCUCUACACGCGCAGGCAUAGUAGCGGAACUUGAAAAGCUAGCCAAAGAGCAUCUCUUAGCCCUUGCAACUCUGGAUCUCAAAUCCUCCACUGUUAAUACCAUAAAGAAGAGACUGUCAAAGAUAUGUUCAUCUAUAACUUAUUGUUUGGAUGAACUUGGAAUUUUGAUGGCGCUGAAGGCUGCUCAGUCAUUCUCAGUCAGUCAGAACGACUUUGUCUUGUGGGGUCAACAAGAGAAGUUUCGCGAAACCUCUAUAAAAAAGUUCUGUAGUAAUGCUUCACAGGCCAUUUUAGCUUACAUACCUGAUGGUCCUUACUGGAGUGUUGCUAACAUAGAAAGAAAUUUGGAGGCAGGUCUCAUUACAUCAAAAAUACUCUGCCUUGUUGAAUCUCUUCUUGGUUAUAGGUCCUUGGAGAAAAUACGGUGCAUCAUAUUUGUGGAACGGGUGAUCGCAGCUAUGGUUUUGGAAUCCUUUUUGAAUGAAAUUCUUCCAACCUAUAAUAGCUGGAAAACUAAGUACGUUGCAGGAAACAACUCUGGCCUGCAAAGUCAAACCCGGAAGAAGCAGAAUAAAACUGUGGAGGACUUCCGAAAAGGCUUGGUAAACAUCAUCGUCUCAACAUCUAUUCUAGAGGAAGGUCUAGAUGUUCAAAGUUGCAAUCUGGUUGUCGGAUUUGACCCUGCAUCCAACAUUUGCAGUUUCAUACAAUCUCAAGGGCGUGCUAGAAUGCCUAACUCAGAUUAUUUGAUGAUGGUGGAAAGUGGAGACAUGGGCACACGAUCUCGGUUAAAGAAAUAUAUUUCUGGUGCGAAAAGAAUGCGUGAGGAUUCUUUGAGCCAUUCUCUUGUUCCCUAUCAACCUCUUCCAGAUGAUUCAUCCGGGGAGGUCUACCGUGUCGACAGCACAGGGGCUAUUGUAACUCAUAACCAAGCAUUUGUACGGCGAAUAUCCUAACCUUUCACCUGGACUACUAACCGACAUGCGCUCUGCUUCAGUGAACAAUGAAUGUUAUGCUCAAGUAGCGGUGAAAUCAAACCUGCACAAACACGUUCUCCAUGCCUCUCAUGAUCUCCACAAGCACAUCUCCAGAACAGUUAGUGAGUUUGAACGGUUGUCGUCUGAUAGGAUACAAGAAGACUCGCUAGUUAACGUUGAAGCGGCGCUAAGGAAAUCAACAAGACCACGUAAACCAAACAGCAAAUAUCUUUAAAAAGAUAUAUCUUUUAUUUAGUUUGUUUCAGUAGUUAAAUAAGGGGAACACUUCUUACGUAACGUUCUCCACCUUUCCCAUGUUUCCAGCAUUGCAGGAGUCAAUGACUCCAUCUCAUCUCAUGUUUCUGUUAUUUACUUCAUGUACUUUCCUAUUUAAAGAAAUGAAAAAGACAAAAAGAGAAAAAACUACUUGUGUUCUUAUUACU